ACUUCUUCAACAUAUGAAUCCAUAUAUGAACCAAUACAUCCACGACCAUCAAGUCAGCUUUCAACACGUUCAAAUUAUAUGUUAUAUGGACCGUAUGUUAAUCAUGAUCAGCUACAGGACGCUCAUACAGCUAUUGGCGGUUUGACCUUAUUAGAAACUAGCAGCAGUCAUAAUAAUUUCAAUUUAAGCAAAGAAAAUACUAUACAAUAUUGUAAUACUAUUAGUAAGCUUGGUGAAGGUUUACUUGAAAAUGAAAAGGAAAGUGAAGUAGAAGACUUAACCGGAUUCCUCGUACAUAACGUGGACUCAUCUAGUAACAUUGAUAGUUAUGGUAAUGGAUUAUGCUUUAAGUGCAACGAACGCGUUUUGGGUGAAAAUUCAGGAUGCACAGCUAUGGAUCAAAUUUAUCACAUAUCCUGCUUUACUUGCACUCAGUGUCAAGCAAAUUUACAGGGAAAACCAUUUUAUGUUUUGGAUUUUAAGCCAUAUUGCGAAUAUGAUUAUUUACAAACAUUAGAAAAGUGUUCAGUUUGUAUGAAACCAAUAUUAGAACGUAUAUUGCGUGCAACUGGGAAGCCAUACCAUCCACAAUGUUUUACAUGUAUAGUGUGUGGUAAUAGCUUAGAUGGUGUUCCGUUUACUGUAGAUGCUACCAAUCAAAACUACUGCAUUGAAGAUUUCCACAGAAAAUUUGCACCACGUUGUUGUGUUUGUAAGAAGCCUAUUAUGCCAGAGCCAGGCGAAGAAGAAACAGUACGUGUUGUUGCUUUGGAUCGCAGUUUUCACUUUGAAUGUUAUAAAUGUGAAGACUGUGGCUUACUACUUUCAUCGGAAGCUGAAGGACGCGGUUGUUAUCCAUUGGAUGAUCAUAUACUUUGUAAAAGCUGUAAUGCGAAGCGAGUGCAAAUGUUGACAAAUAGAAUGACCACUGAAUUAUAAACAUAUUUAUUAAAAACUCAUUUUAUAAAAUUUUUAAAAUAUUAAAUAAAUAUGUUUAUGAUGAGUAUUUGAAAAUAAUUUUUCUACAAAUACUAAAUACGGGUGAGAAGAAUUUAUUGCUAUAUUGUUAAUCGUGUCAAAUGAUCAGUUUAUGGUACCACUGCAACCAAAACAAAUGCUAUAGCGAAUUAUUAUUAAUGCUUUAUUAUAAGAAAAGUAACAACAAACUACAUAAGGCCACCACUAACAAAUGCAACAACAACGUUCUCAAUAGAAUUGAGUUGAAAUUUUUCAAUAGAGUUGAAUUUGUCAAAAUUCUUGGAACUUCAUGUAAAAAGUUCCGUGAAGUGUUAAAUCUAAACGGCUAAGCAAUCCAAACAUAUAAUAUAAAUACCCAAACGAAAAAUAUAUACAUCCAAAUAAAUAAUCCACAACUAUCUUGGAAUUCUAAUAUUUACAGAAGGUAUAGCUAUAUAUUGCUAUAAUACUAAACUAAAUUAUAUCAGCAUCACAAUCCAACAGCUUCUUCCUGGUUUCGUGGUUGCCUGAUUAAAGUCAAAAAACCUUAUACUAGCUUAAUGUGACAGCAUAGUAAAUGUCCACAAUUUCAUUCAUCUUAUUUAUCUUUUUUUUUUUUUGUUGAAAAAAAUUGUAAUUUAUAAUUAAAAAAUAUAUAAUUUCAAAUAAAUUUAAAAAAAAAGUGGAAUAUUUUCUGCUGUUGGCACUUCAGCGAUUACUUUAUAAUAAGAGGUGUAUUCUUUUCACAUAAAUGCUCCAAUAGAACAUGUGUCACUUAAAAAUUAACAUGCAAAGCAAAAACAAAAUUUGUCCACUUUUCUGAAACUGCUUAACGAAUAAGCCACUCGCAUUACAAGGGUGCCAAAUCUGAGAACUGAUCUAUUGUGAAUGAUUUUUGGAAGAAAAUGGAAAAUUAAUGAGUAAAUUGAAAUAUAUUGAAAAACGAAUUUUUUUAAUAAAAUUUGUGAAGAUGACUGACAGGUUAGUAAUUGUGAAGCAGUCAUUUGUUAAUUAUUUAUUAAGGAAUUUAUAAUUUCUAUUUUAUGUUCAUUAAAGAAUGCAGUACAUGCU